UCUGGCCUUUCAGCGCAACUGCGGCAACUUUCUCCUUCGCCAACCCACACCUCUUCGCCUUGCGCUUUUGUCGCAAUCUGGUAACAAAGAGUAAUCCGAAAUCACGCGAUUGCUCGAAUUGAAUCUUUCUCCGUCUGGUACCUUCACCAGAUCUUUUUUCGCCUGCUUCUCUCAACGUUUCCGGACACGCGAACGGAAAAUUUGACGACCGCCAGCUCAGUCUUUCACAGUGCAUUGAGACGGGUCUCUUUGAAUUUCACGACUAUUGCUACGUACUUCAAGAAAUAAAAUUAGUGACUCUUUAACGAUGAUGAAUCCUUAUAUCAGCUGGGCUCUCCUGCUUGUAGUGGCAGGUGGCCUUGGAUGGUACUACAACGGCCCCUCUCCUAAGGUCAAGGCCCCGAUCAAGGCAUUCACAGAGAAAGUCGAGAGUGUUCCGGCUGUGAAGAAACAGAAGCGGAAGACGAAGAAGUCCUCGGAAGCCUCCCCCGCACCCAGCAAAUCCGUUGAGGAGCAGCCUGCAGCUCAGACUACGGGCUCGCAGGUUGAGGAGCAGGAUGAGGAGAUUGACCGAAAGGAGUUGGCCAAGCGCUUCAACGCGGUGAAGAACGGUAUCCCGGCUCAAACCAGUGCUCCUACCAGCAAGUCUGCCAAGAAGAAGAAGAGCAAGGGCGCCCUCCCCCAGCUCGAAAACGACGAGCGCUCGGCUUCUCGUGUCUCCACCCGCACUUCGUCUACCACUGGUGCUGAUGCCGACGACGACCUGUCUCCCGCUGGCUCCCCCGUUGUGAACGCCACUGUUCCUUCCGCUGGUUACAUCUCCGACAUGCUCGAGGCUCCGGCCCCUGGUGCUUCCGUUCUCCGCGUUACCGGCGCCGCACCGGCUGAGGCUCAGAAGAAGAAGGCCCAGUCUUUCAAGCAGGUCGAGACCAAGAAGCAGCGCCAACAGCGACUAAAGAACGAGGCCCGUAAGCAGCAAGUCCAGGAGGCUGAGGAGCAGAGACGCAAGUUGCUCGAGAAGCAGCUCCACACGGCCCGCGAAGCUGAGCGUCGCGAGGCGGCCAAGUUGACUCCUACUGCACCCCAGACCAACGCCUGGCAGACCAAGGCUGCUCCCAGCGCCACCAACGGUACUUCUCAGCCCGCCGUGGCCCCCAAGGUCGAGCUCUUGGAUACGUUCGAGCCAGUUGCCGCCACUUCCAAGCCUGUCAAGGAAUGGGAUCAGGGUCUUCCCUCCGAGGAGGAGCAGAUGCGCCUUCUGGGUGCGGAGAACGGUCAGGAUCAGUGGACCACCGUCUCCAGCAAGAAGAUCAAGAAGAAGAGCGGAAAGACGGACGAGAGCGAAGUCAGUGCUUCUGAGAGCCAGCCCACCCCUGCUGCUCCUUCUCCCGCCCCCGUGGAGCCCAAGGUAAAGGUGACUCCCACCUAUCUCCCCGACAUCCUCCGCUCCAACCAGAAGGGACACCCUCUCGACUCCGACUGGGCUGCCUAAGCAAGUCUCUUUCCGGGGCAGAGGAUGCAAUCUCGGUUUUGUGCAAGAUG